GUGUGAGCAAAUCACAGUGCAUCAUGGCGGCGGACUCUAUGGAAAUUGAUGAUGCUUUGUACAGUCGCCAGAGGUAUGUUCUUGGAGACACGGCAAUGCAGAAGAUGGCUCAGUCCCACGUGUUCCUGAGCGGUGUAGGAGGUCUUGGUGUGGAGAUUGCCAAAAAUAUAAUUCUGGCUGGGGUAAAGGCUCUUACAGUUCAUGACACCAAGCAGUGCACGAAAUGGGAUUUGGGGAUCAACUUCUUCAUCCAUGAAGAUGAUAUUACCAGUCAAAGGAACAGGGCUGAGGCCACGCUUCAUCGGAUUGCAGAACUCAAUCCAUAUGUCCAUGUGGCAGCAUCAACUGUGCCACUAGAUGAAACCACAGAUCUGUCUUUUCUAAAGCAGUACCAGUGUGUCAUAUUGACUGAAGUGAGUCUGUUGCUGCAGAAGAAGAUUAAUGACUUCUGUCAUGCUCAGCAGCCACCUAUUAAGUUCAUCAGUGCAGAUGUAUAUGGAAUAUGUUCGCGUUUGUUUUGCGACUUCGGUGAUGAAUUUGAGGUGCUGGAUACAACAGGAGAAGAGCCAAAGGAAAUCUUCAUUUCAAAUAUAACACAA